GCAAACAAAACAUAGGUGGUUUCAUGGUGUUUUAUUAGAAUGUACUGACGGGGGUUUGUCUACAGCGUAAUAAAUUGGAUUAUUCUGGUUUACAGUUUCUUCUUAAAAGCAACAAAAAUGGUCUUAGAGCACCAUAAGUUGGAAAUUGGAGAUCUUCCAAAUGAAAUUCAAUUGCAGAUACUGGAUUACUUGAACUACAGAAGUCGGUGCACGGCCUCAGAAGUAUGUCGUUUGUGGAAUGCUUUGGCGUUUACUGGUCGCUUCAUGGACCGCGUAUGCCUACGGUUGGAUAUUACCGAAGACAAUCUGAAGUUGGUGUGCACCGUUUUGAGCGACAGUGUCCGGAAUUAUCGUCACAUUACGAUCAAUUUCAACAAUCAGUCUGUUACUAUGAUGGAUUACUUCUCGCAGGUUGUCGGAGAAAAUGAUGCGCUUGAAAGUUUGACGCUGUGGGGAAUGGAUAGAAUAGAACCCGUGCAGCUACUGAUGCUGUUGAAUAGUUGCGCACAUUUGGAAAGAUUGUGUCUACUCGACGAACAAACUGAACAAUUAAAUGUGACAAAUGUUCAAGGAAUCUCGGCAGAUGAUUCAGUAGAAUGCCCAGCUUGGCUAACCGCCUUAUCUACGGAUUCUCCAGUUAGGCUUCAGCGACUUCGCAAAUUACGGCUCAUGAUUCCUGGAAGAGUUUCCCUUCCUUCAAAACCAAUCGUGCGUAAAUUCCCCAAUGUCACUCAACUGCACUUAACGAGCUAUCACCCCUCCAAUGUCGCCCUUUUCAAUGAUUACAGAAACAAACUCGAAAAGAUUUCGAUCCUAACUCCUUCUAGUUUAUUUGUGAUCGCAUUCAGCACCAUAAGUUUCCCCAAGCUGAACCAUCUCUACCUGGGACGGUUGGAGCUACACGAUCAGCUUGUGGUGGCAAAAUGGAUCAACUUUUUUCAAAACCCCGCCCAUACUGGAACGUUGGAGCAACUUAUGUUCCACCCGAAGUUUAUGAUGCGAACGCCAAUAUUUGCUACCAUUUGUAGCAAUUGCGGUGCACUACGAGAGUUGGAGCUCAGCUUGGACUACAUGGAUGGGGAUGCCCUAAAGGACGUAACGAAUCUCCAGCAUUUGCAGAAACUAUCUCUUCAAGGAACGGCCUACUUUCGAGAGACACCUCAUUGGCCCUACCAGAUUAGAACACUGAAAACGGUGCGCAUCAGUGGCAGUCGGUUCCCGAUCAAUUUGUUGGUAUUCAUAGCCGACAUUGCUCCCAGCUUGACUAACCUCACGAUGGAAGACGUGGAAAACCCCAAGGAACUAUUUGAAACCCUACCGGAACUGGUGGCCACGAUAAGAAGUUUUCAAUUGAAUUAUUCCGAGGGGUUCGAAAGACCGCCCUCAUCUCACCCGUCCGGAUUGCUUCGUAGCAUGCACAACUUGGAAAGUUACCACCUGCAGAGGGUGAUCAUCAAGCAUGGCAUCCAGGGUUGGCUUCAGGAUGCACCUCAGUUAAGAAUGGUUACGCUAACGGACUGCAGCACACUUACCGAUACCCAUCUAGUGAUAUUGACUACGAAUUGUCCCAAACUGGAGUGGCUGAAGCUGAAGCGCUGCCCGGCGGUAACGAUGCACGGUUUGGAAGAGUUUCGUGCUAGAAAUCCCUCGUGCAAGAUCGAUGUCGAUGGCAAUUGAGCUGUGAUACAAUGGAGCGAUUACCUGCUGAGAGUAGAAAAUUAAUUGGGGAUUUAGAAAAAAAAAACAAACUUGAUACUUAUA